GUCACGAUUUGACAACUUAAAAAUGUUUGUUGUACUGUCACUUCGCAUGAUAGUCAUAUUUUCGUGAUUGCAUUGCUGUUUGGGAAAAAUCGUUUAUUUUCGUCACAUAUUCAUAACAAUAUUUACUUAUUUUUGAAAUCCUAAUAAAAUCUUUGAAAAUGAGUUUUGGACUGCCCUCAUUGAAGGUUAAACCUGAAGUAUCAACUAAUAUCACAGUUCAAGAUGGUGUAUUUGGAAUUCCUGACCCCAUGGUGGCUGGUAUUAGUGCUACAAAGAACAAGUUGGGCCAAUGCCAUCCCUUGCAAGUUUCAGAAAAAAAUUACCACUUAAAUACAGAAAAAAUGGAUAUGGCAAUGCUCCGUAAUGUCCAAGGCCUUCAUGCACCCAUGAAACUUACCAUGGAGCGGAAGUUUGCUAGCAAGAUCGGCCGUCUUCCUUUCCUCCCAAGUUCUAACUUACAACAUGACGUGUUCACCGGAAGAUAUUUAGAUAUUGGUUUUGAAGACAUUCUUAAUACUCCAGAAUUUUGUGAAGUCAACGGGCAACCUCAUGCCGUAGUUGAGAGGUCCCUUGGGCUACUUUAAAUUAAAUAAUGAAAUUACCUUAAAUUUUAAUAAGAAAAUAAAAAAAUAA